AUGAAAGUGGCCGUUGUUUUCGUCCUGCUCUUCGCCACAGUUCUCUGUCGGCCGGCGAAGAAAGUUCCUCUCAGCAGUUCAGAGAGCUCUGAGGAGGUGCUGAGACGAGAAGCUGCCAGGAAGCAGGCUGCACUGGUUCCUCAGAGCCGUGCAGCAGUGGUCCAGGCAGCUUCCUCCGCCUCAGACGAGAGCGCAGAGAGUUCAGAGCAGGGGGCAGCACUGGCUCCAGCAGUAGAGGACCAAACCGUCAGCCCUGACCCGACCCCGACCUCAGAUACGACCGACAGCCAGGACAGUGAGGAUGAUGACGAUGAUGAUGAUGAUGAAACAGACGAAACUGAUGAAGAGGAGGAUGAAUCCAGCGAGUCUGGCGAGUCCUCCAGCCCGGCUCCGGCCACCGUCAGCCCCACGGUCUUCACAGAGGAGCCCAUGAUCGAAACCACCGAGGAUCCCAUCUUGCCGACCAUCGUCUUCGACCCGGAAACAGCCCGUGGCGACAGCUUGGGAAAAUACCCCAACGAAUACAAAUCCAUCAUCUACGUAGAGGACAAGUCCUACAACAAGCUGCCCUCUCCCUACAAGUCCUGGGAGUACGUCAACACGGGGAAGAAAUCGACCUAUGACAUUACCGACGGCAACGAUGUGGAGAAGUCGAUGCCGGUUUAUAAGGCUCUUCAGGUCCACACUGACAUCCUGGAGGAGGACACCAGCACCCCCGAGAUGGAGAGCCAGGGCCUGGACAUCACCCAGGACCAGGAAAUCACCCCCCGCCAGGCCUCCCUCCCGGUAGAGGAAGGGGACGAGAGCGCCAGCGACUCCACAACCAACGAGAGCUCCAGCGCGACACAGGAAGAGGAAGAGGAGAACUCCAGCGCCUCGAGCGACAGCGCCAGCGCCGAGUCCCAGGACGAGGAGAGCAGCGAGGAGGCCACGGCCACGCCCGGCGCCGCAGACAGCGACUCCGACGAGAGCACGGAGAACGAGUCGGAUGAGGAGGGGGGGGUCAUACCUGACGCUACCACCGACGUGCCAAUGGUCAUCACUGCCAAAUAA